AUGAAGGCGCUGCACGCUGUGGGGGAAUCGUUUCUCACCCAUUUGUUCCAGGAGUCCUAUUUCAUGACGAUCCAUGCGAAGCGCCUGACUUUGAUGCCGAACGACUUGCACCCGGCGAUGAGGAUGCUGAACAUCGAACGCGGUGGCUCUGGCAGCGGCGGGCGGCCCGCGCCGCCACUGGAUCCGGCUAUGGCCGCCGACGUGGCGAGCACCCUCCUCGACCCGGAGGGCAUCGCCCGCCUUGUCGGAGAGGUCCUCGGCGUGGAUGAGGCCGAGCAGCUGAACGCGGCCAAGCGGCUCGCCUUCGCAUGCGACGCCAACGAUGCCCAAGGCAAGGUGGCCGACAUCUUGUACUAUAAAUUGCCGCAGCACAAGCUCGACGUCGCUGGCGCACUGCUUCCUCUAUGGAACGACAUGAACGAGACUGAGCAAAUGGACUCCUUCGCUGAUAUCACCGAGUGGCUCGAUUCGGGGGGGGGCUCCGGGUCCAUUCCCCCCGCUCCGACCCAGGACGGGGCGUGGGGCCCAGAGAUCAUGGGGUGGGUGCUCCAAAAUCGGAAGCUCCCAGACAUCCUCGAGCGCCCUUUGCUCCACGGCAUCUGCAGGGUCAUGAUCUUCCGUGCCAAUUUUUCGAUGAAGCGGACCGGCUUCUGGGGGCCGUUGUCGGGCCAGGACAUCGAUGCGGAUAUGGCGGAUGUCAUCAUUGGCGAGGGCGCUGGCGAACCGGACGAAGCGCCAUCGGCGCCCUCGUCGCAGCCGUCGUCGCAGGACGCUGAGGCGGCGCUCCUGAACGCCGACGAGAAGCGGGCGGCUGGGGGGGGCGUGGACACGUGCGUGCCCAAGAAAGGCAGGGCCGACGUAUGGAAGCAUGCGUAUCUUCUGCAUUCGCAGCCCAAGGAAGUGUUCUGUAGAAUCUGCUGCCCACUUGGCGAGGAUGGCAAUCCCGUCAGCCAAGAUAAAUGGCAGCAGGACGGUUGCCGGGAUUACGCUGCUGGUAGCACUUCGAACAUCCUGGAGCAUUUGAGACGGGUUCACCCGCACUUGGCCUUCCACGCGGCCAAGCGUUCGGAGGCUCCGUAUCCGCCGGAUGCGCAGACGCAGAUAGGUCGCGCUCUCAGCAUCGCAUUUUGCGUCAUCGACCUGAGGCCGUUCAGAGUGUUCGAAGCCCCUGGCGCCAAAGCGGUCCUGCAGAUGCUGAUGCCCCGCGUGCAGUUGCCCUCCAGGCAGACGGUGACGCGGCACGUGAAGUGUUUCCGAGAGGAAGUGGCUUCGCGCGUCCGAAACAUCUUGGCGGACAUCCUGGCUGGAGGGAAUAAGGCAGUUGCGGAAGUUGACAUGUGGCCCGCUCCGAAUAAGCAGUCAUACUUUGGAUUGAUCCUCCACGGCGUCACGACUGGUUUCAAGCGCGUUUCCUUGCUCUUGUACUGCGACGUCCUGGGCGCAGAGCACACGGCCGCUAACCAGGCGCAGAGGAUGAUUUGGAGCUGCAAGGAACAGCGGGGCAUCAAGGUGGAGGACCUCUUCUGGGCGGUGGAGAGCGACAACACCGGGAAUGCCAUAAAUAUCUCCAGGUGCUUGAACGUGCAGCAGCUCAGGUGCAUGUGCCACAUCUACAAUCUGACCCCGCGUCAUCUCCUGUUCCCGGUGAAGCGCGUGGUCGCGGGGAACGAGGUCCACCAGGCCCACGAGAGGUCCGUGCCGGCCGUGUGCAACCUGUGCGAGACGGCGCGGGCCCUCGUGAAGCACUUCCGCCGGCACGAGAACUGCGCGAUUGAGCUCGCCAGGGUCACCCAGCGCAUCGGCUGCCCUCCGCGCCAGCUUGUCCUGGACAAUUCCUCUGCGUGGACGUCUGCGGUGACGAUGCUGGAAGGCAUCUGCGCUCUCCAGGUAGCGAUCGUCGCAUACGACAACGAGAACACUCGUCUCCCGGUUCACGCCCGCUUGUCGGAGGCGCAGUAUGAUCUCGCGCGCCAAGUCAUUGGCGCCCUGCGCCUGGUUUCCGACGCCGCGGACGCCAUGCAGGCGCAUCGGGCUUUCGCCAGCGAGGUCGUGCCUCUCAUGGUCACGGUCGAGCAGGCGCUGGCCCUGCGGGCUGCCGUGCUGGAAGACCUGAUGGCGAAUCAGCACCAUCUGCAGUCCUCCGAAGAAACGCUUCUGGUCGCUAGCGCCGUGGACCCGCGCACACGCCUGCGAGGCGUCCCCUUGUCUGGCGAGCAGCGCGCCGAGGUCAUCCGCAUCGUGAAGGAUCAUGCGAAGAGCAUGCUGCAGGCGAGUCAGCAGCUAGCCCAGCCGGCGCCGCCCGCCCAGCCAGCGGCGGCCGCCCCCGCGCCCGCCGCGCGGUCUUCCGCCACAGAUCGCGCGCUCAAGCGCUUGAAAAGGUCGCAGGGCGAGCCGCGCGACAGACCUGGGACUGACGACGACCUGAUCUCGAGCACGUUGGAGGUUUACUUCAGCGAGGACACCGCGAUGCCCCCCUUGGAGAGCUGCCCCUUCGAGAAUUUCGAGGAGUCGGGGAAGCCGGGGCGGGCCGCGAAGGCGAUGGUGCUCGGCCCCGUCGCGCGCAAGUUCCUGGCCAUCCCCGGGGCGAACCACCGCGUGGAGCGCUUGCGGAGCACCUGCAGGCGACGGCGCUCGCAGCACCGCGGGAAUCGUCUCGCAGGCCGUACUGGAUCUCUCAUGUACAAGGCUCUGCAGGAUGCGAAGGUUGAUGUGCGUGCGCUUGUCCACUCUGCGGACAAAGCGAAAGCAGUUCUGGGUUGCGAGAAGUGUGAUGAGUCUGAGGGCAUCUACCUCGGCGACGUGACUAACAAGAACACCAUUCAGGGCGCAUUCAACGGCGUGGAUACAGUAGUGAUUGCGGUCGGCGCACAUGGAGAUGAGCCCGACGAUGUGGUGGACAAGAUCGAAUGGUACGGUGUCAAGAACCAGGUCGAGACUCUUCUGGCUGGGGGCAAGGAUGGCAAGCGCAUUGUCUUGUUCUCGUCCAUGAGCACCUCGAAGCCUCACAACCACGUGCUGGAGGACAAGGCUAAGGCAGAGAAGUACAUCAUCGAGCAGGGCGUGCCUUACACCAUCGUGAAGCCAUGCGGCCUCUCCGAAGACGCUGCGGGCGACCGCGAGCUCCUUAUCGGCCAUGAUGACGUCGCCGAUGCGAACGACUGGUUCAACAUUGGUUUCUACAUGGUUCCGCGUGCGGACGUCGUCUCCGUUGCGUCUGCCGCUCUCCUGAGCCCUCCAGCGGACCAGAUGCGCUUCGACAUCUGCGCCAAGCUUGUCGGCAGCGGACCAGCCGAUGUCAAGGCGGCUGUUCAGGAGGCUG